GGUGCUUCCAUCUGCAGUUAAGAAGGUUCAUUACUCUAAGAUAAGUGACAUUGUGUUUAGCAAUAUGGAGGAGUGAAUAAGAAAGUACGAACUGAAUCGAAAGUUCCCAUCUCAUCUCACGAUAAAAUACUAGAUUCUUUAUCAAAUGUAAAAGCAUUCUGUGACUCAAAGCCAGCAGUCGUAGCACUUAUGAAAGAAUUUUCUGACGCUUAUGUUCCAUCUUCGAUAAAGGAAGACCUGCCACCUGUUCUUUCCACAUAUUUUUACAAAGAAUUAACUACUGCAGAAUGUGAUACAGUAAUGUCUGAGUGCGAACAGAAACUGUUUAUUUAUGACAUUAACGCCAAAGAACAAAUAGCCGUUGAAGAGCGAACUCGGAAGCAAGCAAACUCCAGAUUAUGGUUUAGAAUGAGAACUGGCAGAGUCACUGCAAGUAAAUCCAAAUCUGCAUGUGUCACUAAUCCUCUGGAACCAUCACAUAGCCUGAUAAUGAGCAUAUGUCACCCCGAGCUUGUGAAGUUUACCAGUGAGGCUACCAAGUGGGGCUGCAAUCAUGAGGCAGAAGCAAAAGAAGCCUACUUUCAAGUCCAAGACAACAGACACCAAGGGCUUAAGAUGAGGAAUCUGGCUUCUUCAUUAGCACUGAGUAUGGAUUCCUGGGAGUAUCACCAGAUGGACUGGUUUCAUGCAAAUGUUGUGGCAAUGGUGUCAUUGAAAUUAAGGUUGUCCUCCAGAUGGAAAUUGUCACGUGAUCCUAAAUCACUAGUGACGUCAUGUGCAAGGGGUCUAUACAGAUAA